GACACUAGAAGCUGCAUAGUCUCGUACAGCUUCAAUAAACCGGUGGUCCCUCACAGCACUCCUGAAGCCCACCACAGUACACUUGCAAAUACACUCGAUCCAGAGUCUUCUUGAGCAGGAGUCGGUGUUGGUGGGGAAGUCCACAAGUAGUCAAGAGUCUGUUGAUUCUCAUCAUCAACACAAUUGGUCCAAGAUGCUCAAGCUCAUUUUUCUUAUUUCUUUAGCGGUGGUGAGCACCGCCGGGAUGCUCUAUGCAGACUCCUGUACACCGGAUUGUACUGGGAAAAAUGAUCUUGACAAGGUCGCAGAUCCCUUAAACUGUACCAACUAUUACAUUUGCUUGAGUGGCAUACCAUCAGACCACGCUCUACCCUGCGACGCUGGCAUGAUCUUUAAUGCUGAGGAUGGUAACUGUGCCACGGGACCUGAUUGUACACCUUCCUGUGAGGUAACAGUCUGCCCCAUCACCUGCAACGGCACCUACAGUUUCAUUAGUGAUCCAUUCGACUGCAGUACUUAUUAUAUUUGUCUCCCUAGCGAUAUUCCAGCCGUCACCUGUCCCUCUGAUAGACCUUAUUUUAACGGAGAGACCUGCGUCAAGGACAAAGGAGUAUGUUGCCAAGUUUCGUGUACUCCAUACUGUGGUCCGGGGAUCGUGGAGGCCCCCGACCCCUUUGAUUGCAGAAAGUACUACAUGUGCACUGAAGAAGGAGUACCCAAUGAAGCAUUCCACUUCCAGUGUGAUUCUGGAGAAAGCUUCGAUUACCAAACUGGCCGAUGUGCGCCAGGUGCUACCUGCAAGAACUUGUGCGACUAAGCUACAGCAGACCAGGCACGCUAACUUCAGUACUUGCAACAGAACAUGCAACACUAGAUAUAACAGAAUUUAGUGAGUACAAAACAAGAUACAACACAGAGUAAUGACUGCAAUGUAAGAUAAAACAUAAAACACGCAUGCGUGCAAGCAUGUGCACAAGCAUGUGCACAAACAUGUUCACAAUCAUGUUCACACAUACAUGCAUACAUAUACACCUGCAAAAUAACCAACAUGAUUAUUUUGCUUAUUGUGAUCUUAUUGCAUAAACAUACAUACAUACAUACAUACUCAUACACACAUACAUACAAGGAUACACACACAUAGUACCUGCUGCAGUAUUUACCACAUUUUUCAAUAUAUAUAAACUAGCAUUAUUAUAUACUUUAUUCACAACUGAUUUGUAUAUAUAAUAUAAUUUACAGUAAUAUUCUGGGUAAUAAAUCAUAAGAUCCAUCAAUGUAACUUUAACAUUUGUCUGUGUAAUAAAAAUGUUUAUUUGUACAAUGUUUGAACAUAGAACUAAAAUGUAAUAGUAAAAUAUUAUUAUUAUUA